UUUCCCCUAUAUUAUAUCGAAUUCAAAAUUUUAAAACAAUUUCUCAACUCUCUGGGAAACCUUUCUACUGUAAAAAUGUCCAGUAAGAAAAAAGCCGAAGGAAUUGCUCUGCUUUCUCUGUACAAUGACGAAGACAUGGAAGAAGACGAAAAUAAAGACGAAGAUAAUUCUCCAGUUUUAUCGUCUCCUUCGCCACAAGCUUCUGCAGCCGUUGAAAAGAACGCCUCGAAAAGCCCUUCUCCUGCGAUUACAAAUCCUGUUGAGGCAGAACGGCCCAGCAAAUGUGGUCUGGGAAUUGUGGAUUACGCUCAUGAUGAAACGGCUGUGUCUCCCGAGCCCGAGGAGGGUGAAAUUGUUAGCACUGGUGCAGCUGUUUUUGGUCAAGAGACUCAAGUUGAAAAUGGAGACCCUACAGAGAAGACACCACCAGCAAUGGGUCAACACUUGACUCCUGGUAAGACUUCAACCCCUAAACCAGGUUUGCUGGCAGAAGCUCUUGCUAAGCCCGAAAGUGAUACACAAUCAGUUGAUUCUGCUACAACAAAAGAACCUGAAGUUGUAGCUUCUUCUGAGUUGAAUGGAUUAGCCAAAAUGGAGCUGCAACAACCAAAUCAGGAUCCUCUGGCAGACUUUCUUCCACCACCUCCAACAAGCAAGUGCUCAGAGGAGCUACGAAAUAAGAUCAAUAGAUAUCUUAUGUUAAAGAAUGCUGGAAGAAGCUUCAAUGAAGAAUUGCGCAAUUCAAAGGGUUAUCGUAAUCCUGACUUUUUGCAACGGGCUGUUAAGUAUCAGGAGAUAGAUCAAAUUGGUAGCUGUUUCAGAAAGGAUAUGUUUGAUCCACAUGGAUAUGACCCAAGUGAUUACUAUGAUGCUUUAGCUUUGGAGCUGAAGCGUGAACUAGAAAGAAGAGAACAAGAAAAGAAGAAGAGUCAAAGAGUAGAUUUUGUUCAUGGAGGACUGCAACCUGCAUCAGUACAACCAGUACCAAAGCCAGUCGUACAAGUUCUUGGUGGUCAGAAAACUACUGCUGGGGUGAUGGCUGCCAGUACGAAUGUGUCACUGCAGACUGCUACAUCAGCUACUGACAAUACAAAGAUAGAUAAUAGGAACAAGAAAAGCAAGUGGGACAAGGUUGACGGUGAUAGGAAGAAUCCUUUACCACCUGGAGCACAAGAUGCAAUGGCUGCUGCAAGUGCACAUGCUGCUUUGUUAACUUCUGCUAAUGCUGGAGCUGGUUACACUGCAUUUGCGCAACAAAAGAGAAAAGAAGCUGAGGAGAAAAGAUCACAUGAGAGGAGAUUAGAGAGGAGAUCAUAAUAGACUGUAAGAUGCUAUCAAGUAAAUUGAUGUACCAUAUCUCUCAGCAUGGGCCCCUCCAUGUGCUGAUUACGACUGUGGCAACAAGUAAUUUACAGGACUAACCAAGAGCAAGAAGCAAACCUACAGUGACUACUUUCAGCACCUCAGCCAUUCCAUUUUCAGAAUGCAUUUAUAUCAAACAUCAACGAUGCAGAUAUAUUUUCAUCCUUUGGAUGUGCUGUGGGUGAAAAGCUUAGUGAAGACUAAAAGAAGUUCCUAUGUGGUCAACUGUCAAAAGCUAGCUACCAGUUUUUAUAUCGAAUUAGUAGCUGGCAAGUGAACAUAAGCUGCUGAUAAGAUUAAUUGAUGGAAGAGAAGGGGAACAAAGCCAUUCUAAGCAAUUGUAGGAUGCUGUAUCGUAUCUUAUGAUUCUGUGCAGCAAGUUAGUAGCAGUAUAUUUUAUUGUAUGUAGAAGUGUACUCAGUUUCAGUCCAUUGUGUUAAUUUUGUACAGUCAGGUUUGAUAAAUAGCAAAUGAUGUUAAUGAAUGGAGUGAAGAAGUGUAAGAGAGUAUAUCACUGGAUAUGUGGGGAGAGGAUAAUUCAUAAUAUUGGAGCAGGAAUUUCUAAUCUUCUACAAACCCUGAAUAAUAGUCCACCUUUUUGGUAGUUCGAAACAUUGUUUCAGAGAUGGCAGAAAGUACGUGUGCUGAAAUUCUUUUUAAUGUGAGUUAUUAUACUAUGUUUGUAUUUCCA